UGGCUUGUCAUUAAUUCGCAUUAAUUUGAGGUUAAGUCACACGUGAUAUUAUAUUUUCGAAUUUAUAUCAUUAACGAUAGAUAGAUUAUAGAAUUUGAAAAGAAAUGUCGUUACCGGAUAAAGUUCUUUUACGAAAAAUAAAAAAGCGCGAGAAAAAUAAGUUAAAAGUUCUACAAAAUAAAGAAGCUGAAAAACUACAAAAAAAUUCCAUAAAAGACGAGGAAAUAGACGAUGAUAAUGAUGAAAAUGAAUUAAAGGAACCACCUAAAAAAAAACGUAAAAAAAAUAAAAAAAAUGAAUCAGAUGAAGAAACUAACGAUGAUAUUGAGGAAGAUGAAGAUAAUAUUGAAGAUGAUGAUUCAAAACAGCUUCCAGGAACAUCAACGGGUUUAGAAAUUCUAAGCGAAUGUACUUUCGAUUCAUUUAAAGAUAAAGUUUGCGAGCAAACCUUAAAAGGAAUUUCGGAUAUGGGAUUCACGACUUUAACGGAAAUUCAAGCUCGAUCAAUCCCGCAUUUAUUGGAAGGUCGCGAUUUGGUGGGAGCUGCAAAAACGGGUUCUGGGAAAACCCUCGCUUUCUUAAUCCCCGCCGUGGAAUUAAUUUACAAAUUAAAAUUUAUGCCAAGAAACGGAACGGGGGUCAUAAUAAUCUCCCCAACUCGCGAAUUAUCCAUGCAAACGUUCGGGGUUUUAAAAGAAUUAAUGAAACACCAUCACCACACGUACGGUUUGGUUAUGGGGGGAGCAAGCCGACAAAGCGAAGCUCAAAAAUUAUCGAAAGGAAUCAAUAUUUUAGUCGCAACACCGGGACGAUUACUCGAUCAUAUGCAAAACACGGGGGAUUUUUUGUUUAAAAAUUUGCAAUGUUUGGUGAUCGACGAGGCCGAUCGUAUUUUAGAUAUCGGUUUUGAGGAGGAAAUGAAGCAAAUUAUUAAUAUGUUACCAAAACGAAGACAAACCAUGUUGUUUAGCGCGACGCAAACGAAAAAAAUUGAGGCGCUAACUUCGUUGGCGUUAAAAAAAGAACCGAUUUAUAUCGGGGUUGAUGACGCGAAAGAUAACGCAACCGUUUCUGGUUUAGAACAAGGGUACGUUGUUUGUCCAUCCGAAAAGCGCCUCCUCGUUUUGUUUACUUUCUUAAAAAAGAAUCGAAAAAAGAAAGUUAUGGUGUUUUUUAGUUCCUGUAUGUCGGUUAAAUAUCAUCAUGAGUUGUUUAAUUAUAUCGAUUUACCCGUUAUGUGUAUUCAUGGUAAACAAAAACAAACAAAACGUACCACGACAUUCUUCCAAUUUUGUAACGCCGAAUCCGGGAUUUUGUUAUGCACAGAUGUCGCAGCGAGGGGCCUCGAUAUUCCAGCAGUUGAUUGGAUCGUCCAAUUUGAUCCUCCAGAUGACCCAAGGGAGUACAUUCAUCGCGUUGGUAGGACGGCUAGAGGGGAAGGAAGCACAGGAAGGGCUUUAUUGUUGUUGAGACCGGAAGAAUUGGGAUUUUUGCGAUAUUUAAAGCAAGCGAAAGUUCCGCUUAACGAAUUCGAAACAAAAUGGAAUAAAAUCGCCGAUAUUCAAUUGCAAUUAGAGAAUUUAAUCGGGAGAAAUUACUUUUUGAAUUCCUCAGCGAAAGAGGCGUUUAAAUCGUAUGUUCGUGCGUAUGAUUCGCAUCAUUUAAAAACGAUUUUUGAUAUAACCACGUUGGAUUUGGCGAAGGUGGGGAGUUCUUUCGGGUUUAAAACUCCCCCCGCGAUCGAUUUGCAGGUAACUGCAAAGAAAAAGGAUCGUUUAAAACGCAAAGAUGGACAUGGUUAUGGUUAUUACAAGAAUUAUAAUAACGUUGGGGGGGAAAAGGAAAUGAAUCGGGCCAAGAUUUACCGGAAAUCGAAUUAUGAGCAAGGAAAAAAUAGGCAAUUUUCAAGAUGACUUUUUUUACAAAUGAAAUUUAUUUACUUUUUAAAUAUAUAGACAUUUAUAUCUUAGAAAGUCUGUCUCUAAUACAAAAAAAGCAUCGCUCAA